ACCGCCUGUACUACGUCAACCAGAGCUGCAAAGUUCCUCGCCGCUCUUUUCUGGUGUCCAGGAACUGAAUAUCAAACCGGUGAUCUUGGAGUUAUUGGCUUGCUGUACUUGCCUUUUCUUUUCUCUGAUAUUAGUCUUCAUGUUUAAAAGAUCUAGGAGAAGCCCAAGCGAGCCCGGAGUUUGAGGUGCUCGGCAGUAGUGAGUGAGUCAGCGGGUGCUAAGGACUGGGACUCGGUCUUUGGAGACCGCCCCUCUCCUCGCUGCAGAGAAGCAGCCAGGGCUGCGUGGACUGAAGGUCCGCUCUUCCCCCGGCCAGGACCUCCACAGCCGCGCAGCAGUUGGAUUCAGAUAAACGAAGUUCCAGGGCCACUUCGGUCUCAGCAAAUAUUUCAGACCCAUGUCACCUCGCCAGAGCAGCCGGCCAAGCUAAGAGUAUCUACCAGCCAGUGGCAGCGCCCAGAUGCCCAGGGUCCCUGCCUUUGAGCUUCGACGGCUGCGCCACACUUAAUUCCUCUUUCGGCAAAGACUGGCAAUAGACUUGUGAAUUUCUAAUUUACGUGCGAAUGCACAGGAUGGAUCAGACCACGCAGAAAAGCGAACUCCUGUAAUCUCUGAGACUGCAUUCUGAGCAUGUCCCCUUGAACCUGGCUGCAAGCCUCGGGUAGGGAGAGUGACCCCAGCAGCCCAGAGUGCCCCUGGCCAUGUCACCUUUAAUGCUCUGUGACUCAGUGUGGCCCUCUGAGGGUUCCCAGGGCUGCCCAGGGUGGUUUCCAACAGGUGUGUUCUCUCGCUCCCCCAGCCCAACCCAGCUGGCAGGAUUCCCCCAAGCUGAGGUUGUUUGACUCUUCUUCCUCACUUCCCCCACCCCACCCCCACCAGAGGGUGGCCGUCCAGAGCCGGACCUUGCCCCCCUCCCUGGGACCAUGGUGCUUCUCGCUGAAAAUGUUUCCGAAGGCUCCAACUGCACCCACCCACCAGCACCAGUGAACAUUUCUAAGGCCAUUCUGCUCGGGGUGAUCUUAGGGGGACUCAUCAUAUUCGGGGUGUUGGGGAACAUCUUAGUGAUCCUCUCGGUGGCCUGUCAUCGGCAUCUGCACUCGGUGACUCACUACUACAUUGUCAACCUGGCGGUGGCAGACCUUCUCCUCACCUCCACAGUGCUGCCCUUCUCGGCCAUCUUUGAGAUCCUGGGCUACUGGGCCUUUGGCAGGGUCUUCUGCAACAUCUGGGCAGCGGUGGACGUCCUGUGUUGCACAGCGUCCAUCAUGGGCCUCUGCAUCAUCUCCAUCGACCGAUACAUUGGUGUGAGCUACCCGCUGCGCUAUCCCACCAUUGUGACCCAGAGGAGGGGCGUCAGGGCUCUGCUUUGUGUCUGGGCUCUUUCCCUGGUCAUCUCCAUCGGACCCUUGUUCGGCUGGAGGCAGCCUGCGCCUGAGGAUGAGACCAUCUGUCAGAUCAACGAGGAGCCCGGCUAUGUGCUGUUCUCCGCGCUGGGCUCUUUCUACGUGCCACUGGCCAUCAUCCUGGUUAUGUACUGUCGAGUCUACGUGGUGGCUAAGAGGGAAAGCCGGGGCCUCAAGUCCGGCCUCAAGACCGACAAGUCGGACUCGGAGCAAGUGACGCUCCGCAUCCACCGGAAAAAUGUCCCAGCAGGAGGCGGCGGGGUGCACAGUGCCAAGAAUAAGACUCACUUCUCCGUGAGGCUGCUCAAGUUUUCCCGAGAAAAGAAAGCGGCCAAGACUCUGGGCAUCGUGGUGGGCUGCUUCGUCCUCUGCUGGCUGCCUUUCUUCCUAGUGAUGCCCAUCGGUUCCUUCUUCCCUGAUUUCAAGCCCUCGGAAACCGUUUUCAAAAUAGUAUUUUGGCUUGGCUACCUAAACAGCUGCAUCAACCCCAUCAUAUACCCUUGCUCCAGCCAGGAGUUCAAGAAAGCCUUUCAGAAUGUGCUGAGAAUCCAGUGUCUCCGAAGACGGCAGUCUUCAAAGCAUGCCCUGGGCUACACCCUGCACCCGCCCAGCCAGGCCGUGGAAGGACAGCAGAGAGACAUGGUUCGUAUCCCCGUGGGCUCGGGAGAGACUUUCUACAAGAUCUCCAAGCCAGACGGAGUCUGUGAAUGGAAGUUUUUCUCUUCCAUGUCCCAGGGAUCGGCAAGGAUUACAAUGCCGAAGGACCAAUCUGCCUGUACCACAGCCAGGGUGAGAAGUAAAAGCUUUUUGCAGGUCUGCUGCUGUGUGGGGUCCUCGACCCCCAGCCUCGAAGAAAAUCACCAAGUUCCAACCAUUAAGAUCCAUACCAUCUCCCUCGGUGAAAAUGGGGAGGAAGUCUAGAGAACGGGAAAGGUCACAGGAAGAGGGGUGAUGCUAGGUACCUCCGAUUCCCUCUCAGAAGGCCAGUAAAUUCUUGAAGGACAAUCCAGGACCGUUCAAGGAGGUCCCCAUCUGGGAAAGGGGAGAGGGAGGGCACCAGUUCCCGGGGACAGUGGGGGAGGGCACAGGGUAAGAGGCAGGGUAUUUGGUAACUAAUUGGUUCUGAAUGAUGGAAGGCCCGUUUCCCUUCAGCUCAAACCCUCAGCCACUCUCUGGUCCUGCUUUCCACAACUGACCCUUUCAACAAGAAAUACCAUGGGAAAGAAAAUUUCAUCCACAAUCCAAAAGACUAUAAAUACAGGAUGGUGAUUUCAUUGUGAAUAUUUUGAGCACACACUCUAAGUUUGGAGCUAUUUCUUGAUGGAAGGGCGGGUAUUUUAUUUUCAGGCUGAACCCACUGGCAACCACAUUUGACAUUUCUGGAGAGGGGGCCUAGAGAGAAAGGAGUAUAAGGUAGUGGCCAGCAUGCUUUAAAGUGAGUUUGAAAGCGCCACCAGAGUCUCAGCUUGGGUGAACCUGGACAGGGGUCUUCGCAGAGGUUGCUUUUUGAUGGGUUCCUUAUCCCCAGUUGAAACUAAGGCACAUUCUCCAUCCUUGGAUCCAAGGAGUAUGAGCGGACUAGCCAGGGAAAGCAUGCUUUUCUCACGAGCAGAGGGUAUGGCCGGGGCAACAGUUGCAAGACCUGGUGAAGGAAGGCUUUCUUCUUUUACCUCCUUAAAGACCAAGAAGCUGGAAUGUGGAGGAUGCUAACAUCAAGCUAAUGCCCUGUUGUUCUGCCUCUUCUUUGAUAGGACAAACCACUCGCCCUUUCCAGGACUCCACAAUGGAAACUCAGGAAUGGCAGAAAACUGGCUUCCAUUUCCUCUCACCUGCUUCCUUGCUGUGUAGUGAAUGGGGCUCACUGAUUGCACAUAGAGGGAGUCUCAGGGUCCAGGCACACCCCUCCUAAGCUUUCAAACAUACUGAUGCUCACCCUCAAACAUUUCAAUUGAUUGCCAAAUAACUGCCCAAAAUUGAUUCCUACUUUUUUCAAAACAUAUAUAUAUAUAUAUAUAUUGCAUUCUUAAUAAUUCACAUUAUUAGGAAUGGUGACCAUGGCAAUCACACAUAAAAAUUAAAACAUGUCUGUCAUUCCUCCAUAAGAAUUGUAAAAUAAGGUUUAAUGUUUGUGGCACCAACCCUAAUAAGAAUCACAACUGCCAACAUUUUUCAUAACUUCUUCCCCUAAGAGCAUCUGAGCAGGUUGAAGUUACUAUGAAACCUCCGCAGGGAGACUCCUGGUCCUUGCAGCUUUCCUUUCCCUCCUUACAUCAAACUGAACUCUGCCAUAAGUCUUUCUACAGGCAAAUCUUUAUCCACAUCGCAAUGAAGGAAGUGCAUGCGUGUGGCUGUGGGUUUUGUGAUCGGUUGUCUUGGAGCUUUGAAUCUGACCUGCUUCCUCUACCCUUUCCUGGGCCGUGUCUUCUUGUUGGCCAGCAAGAGAGUUUCUUGGCCUUGUGUUCUUCUGAAAUUGGCUUUUGCUACUGAGAAAUUGGCUGGGAUUUUAGGCUUUUCUUGGGCUCUCUGCAUAGCUCCUAACAACUCUACCAGAUGUGAGUGUCAGAGUAUCCAGGAAGAACUCCGGAAUGCAAGCCUGGCUCAUCUUCUCUAUAUAAGCUUCCUUGUUCCAAUUAACUUCCUUCUACAGCUGCAUUCUAAAACUGACCCUUGUUCUUGUCAUCCCCCCAUAGAAGAACAUCCUCAUGGGGAGGAGCAGAGCCUUUCUUCAGCAGAGUACCAUCCUGCGCCACCGAUGAUCUUUAAAUCUCUGGGUGAAAAAACACAAAUGUUAAAAGUGGAAAGCUUAGGCACACUAAAAAGCAACCAUUAAUGCCAGUUCUGGUCCUCAGAUAAAAACCAAUAGUAUGCAUGUAGCGCUAUCCGUAAACAACUGCCUGCACACCCCGCUGGCAUCCCUCCCUCUUAAGGAAGCAAGUAUCUAACAGCCUUUUCCAUUCCCACAGCAGGGUGCUGACUAGAAACACAACAACUUUAUAAGAAAUUGAUAAUGUUACCAAAAAACAUGGUGACAAAAGUGGGGUAAACAGCAUAAAAGUGGAAUGUCUUUUUAAUCAUCGAUCAAAAAAAAAAAAGUCUGUACCUUUAAGUGUGCCAAAAACUAUCUAAAAUGCUUACAGCCAAACGCAUGAUUGUCAUAUUUAUAUUCACGUGUUUACUGCUUCUAUUUGGAGUUUUAAGAAUUUACCCAGAGUAACCCCAGUUAAAAUGUCCUCUCUUGCGUGUUCUAAGAAAACGAUCGCUUUGGGAUUGUCUCUCUGUCACAAAAUCAAGGGGGCGUUGUUAUGGUAGGCGACUUUGAGACUAGUGUGAGAUUCAGACCGUGUGUAUGAAGAGGGACCUUGGCUCUCUUCACCCGAAAGUUUCUCCGGGGCAUCAGAGAUGCAGCUCAGUUGGUGGGGUGCUUGCUUGACAUACACAGCCCAGCAGCACCUAAAACUGAGAGCGGUGGCUCAUGAUUGUGAACUCAGCAUCCAGGAGGUAAAAAGAGGAGAAUCAAGAGUCCAAGGUUAACCUUGGAUACAUAGUAAGUUUGAGCAAAGCCUAGACUACAUGAUACCCUAUUAAGAAAAAACUCCAGGCUAUAUCACUGCAAGAAAAGCUCUUCCUUGUCAUAGUUCUCAUCCCAGAUUGCUUCUGCACAGAAUCACUCUGCAUGUGAUACCCUUUGCAAAGCACUGAAGCUUCCAGCUCUCAGCACUGACUCCGACUGGCCCAUUCAAGACAGAGUAUGAUAGCUGAGCUAUAAGCCCUCUCUUACGGCGGCUUCUCUUAGCUCCAUCACAUGUCAGGGAUCAGUGACUCUGAUCCUCUAGAAACUCUUCCAUUGCCAGUUUUAAAAUGAACUCUGGUGGUUGAGAAGGGCUAAGGACUUGCCCAUGGUCAAGAAGGAACUGUGGCUCAAGCCUGAGCUUCCCUCUAGCUGUUCACCUUCUACACAGUACCUCUGCUUCGCACACUGGGACAGGAGAGUUUGAAUUGGAGAUUCUCAGGAGACUAUUCCACACCCCAACUUUAAUGGAAUUUAUUCCCUUGGGGUUUUUUCUACAAAUUAAUCUUAGCAAAUACACCAUCAAACCUUGUAUCUAUAAUUCCAACGAUUAGAGAGCAUUCCCAUCUCCAGGACAUAGUCCUCCCAGAUAUGGCUAAAACCUUACAAAGCGGAUAGGUUGUACUAAACCAGGACAAGAUGAGCAUAUACCCGAACAUGGAAGAAUUAGACAAGAAUGGAAAGGCCCAAUGAUAGCUGGGACACAUACUGAGUGGUGUGUGGAAGUCAACAUGGGCACUUAGGAAGUAUGCCUUUUCGAAAAUAUAUACAAACAGCUGCAACACCAGUUCCCACACACCUAAAUUCCAACCUUUAUUUUACAAGAUAGCAAAAAGGGAAGAGGCCAGAGACAUCCUACCAGGAAGUACAGAGCCUAUGCUGGGCACGUGACUUUCCUGGAUGCCACUCAGAACGCUGGUCUCUGGGUAAGCCAGCCACUGGCAGUUUUUGAAGACGGGCCAUUGGUCAACAGCUGUGCAUGUUAGCUUGCUUCCUUUUCUAUAUGAGCCACCACGAAGACCUUUUAGCACAAUAGGUUGUGGGGUGAAAGCCCGGGAACAAAACUAUUUUAGGAAGCAUUUUCUUGAGCAGGUAAUUGUCCCUGUGUUAGUCACCGCUCCUUAGUCACCUCUAACAAACAUUCCUCACUGCUUCUGGGGAUAGCUCUGUCCCCAUCCUCUUGCCAAAAUAUGACGCUGCCUCUCCGAUGAAUGUUUGCUGUCUAAUUAGGGGAAGAGAUGGCUCAUCAGCAUAGGGAACGGCGAACAGGUGGAAGGCAACAGAUGAGAGGCGAGUGAAAACCAGGGCAACAAGAGGAGACAGAGGUAGCAGAUGCGCAGGCAUCAGAGGUGCUCAUCGGUCACUCUGGUCUCUUUUUUACACUACCAGGGCUUUUAACCGUGAAACCACCUGUCCGUACACAGUUCCGAAAGAGCUCAGUUGGAACACAGCACCUGCUCUGGGCCUCCAAACUAUGCUGAGGAGCUGAGCUGAGGUCACAUCUUCCAAAAGCCGUGACAACAGUGGCCUCUGGCCCGCCAGGUUCCCUGCAAGAUGAAUGAGUGGACAUGACUGUUGUGGGGGCUGGGCCGGGAAGCGAGUUAGGAUCUUAGCAGCAUAUGAAGCCAGUCCCUGGGCAACGGUGCCAUGGAUGGGCUCUCAUUCAUGUUCCCCGGGCCCUGUGGCACAUGAGCGAGGUGAGAAAGAGCCUUGCCUGCUCUCUGCGGGAGAAUGCCAUGUCUCAGACUAGCGCUGCUGAACCUCCAAAGGCCGUAGGGGUGUCAGGGAGCGUUGAAGGAGGAGAAUGACCACAGCCGUGACUCAAAACAGGAAGGGUUAGUCAUGCUUUGCCGCAACUGACAGGGAAGAAACUGUCCUGAAACUGGUGGCUUGUUCACAAAGGGCAAAUAAUGACCUUUUCUCUCGUGUCGCUUGAAAGUUAUUGUCAUGCGGUCCCUGUUGCACACUCAAUGCAGUCACAUUAUAAGCUGGGUUUGAGGAUUGUUGAGCCAUGAAAAACACAGACUUAAUUAGGUGGGGGAAAAAAAUCUUAGCACAACUUAGCAUUGCGUUUAGAGAAAAAAAAAAGAUAAACAACCUGGUUUAUGAAUCAGGCUGAAUAAAAUAAAUGUAUCUGAAGGUCGUAGAGAAGCAGCUAAGACAGAAAUUCCAACAUGAAUUUAGAGUUUACACACACACAUUUUCCAUAGCUCCCUUCUUCAGUUCCGGGUCAGAGCUCUAACUCUGACCGCACCUUCUCCCUGCCUGUCCUGGCCAACAGUUGGGAAGAACUUGUAGUACAUGGUCACCCGUUCUUGUUCCCUUGGCUGACAGACAGGCACCUGUCAUUCUGUCCUUUCUCCACAGAUAAGCUGCUACUGAUCCAGAGAAAUAGCUGGGGCAGAAGGCGAUUGCUCUGCUCGGUAGGGCGACGUGUCAGGCAAAGUCAGCUGUGACUGUCCCCCUAAGGUCCUCAGGAAUACAAAGGUCCCAAAGGGAACCUGUGGGUCAUUGGGCACACUCUGAUCAGCAGUCCCCGAUGGCCGCUCUCCACAGCACCACCCUGACAAGAAGCCAACGCAAGGCACAGACAGUCCCCAGUGUGCGAGCUGGCAGGGUUCUGACGGUGUGUUCAGAAGUCAAGUAUGUGUUUUUCCAAGAGGCAUUGUUACAAAUGGGGAGGUGCUCCUAGCGGAACCAAAAAUAAAUAAAUAAACAUCUGUUUAAUGUAUACCAGGAGUUGGUAAGCUUUUUCUAUAAAUGGCUAGAAGGUAAACAUUUCAGGCAUGGUGGUUUAAGUUCUCAGUUUUGGCUCUUUACUGGGAGGCUAUGGACAGUCCUUUAAAAAUGUAGACCCAUUUGUAGCUCAAAAGACAGCAAGGUUUGGACCAAAUUUAGCCCAUGGGCCACAGUUUUCCAUCCAUGCUUCACACCACCACUAGCUUGCAGUAUAGAGCCAAUACUGCUGAACUGUGGCUGCGGGUGAUUGGCAUGCUUAUAAAAAAUAGGUCACUGAUGGGUCACCCCUGGAUGAAGUCAGCAUUCCCAAGCUGUAUGAGUUGUUACAUACAGCGGCAAGUUCACAUUCUCAUCCUCAGGAUUCCAGGCAGGUGAUAGGAGCAGAGGGAAGCAUUUAUCACUCCCCACAUUGUGCCCUAUGGGGCAGGCAGGUCAACAGAAGCCACAGUGAGUCCAGGGGUCUUCCACACUUAGAAAGCAGUCUCCCCCUAUGACAUCUGUCCAUCUCAGAGCAGCCACUUGACCAAGACUGCCCUGAAAUUUCUCCCAGGUCCUCAGAACUCAUCGAAGUGGAGAUCCCUAGAAACCUUCGAGGCUUCUUGAAGAGGCCCUGUGACCACAGUCCCCUGUGUUAGGGCAUUUGGAACCUACUUGGAACUCAUUAGGAAAAGUGACGGGACACAGAGAGCAUCUUCCAGAAGAAAAAUGGGAAUAGAAUUUUCUCUCGUGUCUCCCUCCUCCUAUGUCUCCCUUUCUUUUCUCUUUCUCUGUUUUUUGUUAAAUUGAAAUCAUUAAUGAAUGAAAUAGAAAUGGCUCCAAUAUCAGAAAAUUUACUUAGCACUCCCUAAGAAGUGCAAAAACUGUGUUUCCCUAAGCUAAUGCUUCAAUGGAGGACCCCUUCCUUUCCUCUCUAGUUCUGACGGGACAGUGAGGAGCAGGGGGGUUUCCAGACACAACUAAGACUCAGAUUAUGUGACUUAGUGCAGCAUCUGAGUAUUGAGAAAGGAGACUCCAAGGCUGGGCCAUGGGUAGGACAAUGGAGGCAGAAAUAAUCUGUAAAGACCCAUAACUAUUGGCACCACAACCAAGCUGAGCCUGGAAAGAAAGGCCUGGGAGGUGCUGAAUGGCAGCCUCCCUUCCACACCCUUUCUCCCACCUCGUGCUGUGUCUACACCCUUUGUCCUUUCUACCUUAUGCUGAUUCCAUCCUAGCCCCAUAAAUCAACCCUCCACUCCUGCCAGUUUUGCAGACAAUGAAUGGUGUUUCAUUAGGCCCCUGUCUGUGGGAAGCAUGCACCAUGCUGUGAAUAAAAGGAUAAGUUCCACAAGCCUGGACCAGAAAAUGAGGCCAGCAAGGCAAGAACAUCCUCAGGGCCCUGGUCCUCUCAGGACUUUGAGCCUCACCUUGGAUUUCUGCCUUUCUAUUCUUGGGUGAUCCAUCCCUCACGAAGGGCACGGGCACACUGUGAGGCCACAAUUUCAGGGGCGCUUUGGCUUGGAAUGGUUUCCGGAGUACUUCUAACCAACCUCUCACAAUCUAGACACUUCUCCCGUUCUCUCAAACUCAACCUUAUUCUCCACCAUUACUUUUUGGCUCUUGCUUUUGUUCUCUCUUUCUUGUGAACUUUCUGUAUUAGGAGGUCACCAGGCUCUUCAAGGCCUUGAUGAACCCAUUGAGUAAACUCAGUCCCCCCUUCCCAUUGAGCAAUGGCUAAUCCAUCAGGAAGCACACCUCGGCUAGACUGUCCAUGGGAUGCUGCUUCCUCCAAAGCUCUGUUCCUUGUUCCUCUCCUCCACGUUAUGCUGCAUGCUCCUGAAAACUGGGAUUCCCCUUCUUGUCUACCCUGCCCUUGAAAUAGAGAAAUGUCUUCCCUGAAGACUCUUCUUCCACAUGAGUGUUCCAGUUCUUGCUGGUAGCUUCAGCAUUUGUAUCCUCAUGUUCAUUGCUCGGGCCCAUUUUUGCUCAAUAACGCAGUCUUGUACGGCUUCAACAACAUCCGUCAGGGUCGUUAUGGUCCUAGAUGCUAGAAAUCCCAAAUCAAGGUGUUAGUUGGCUGUGUCUUUUUCAGCUGAUGUUGACUUUGUCUCCUCACUGAUCAAAAUCUGAGCAUGUAGUGUCCUUCCUGGUCCCUGUGUCACACCGGAAGUGACAGCAGUUGUAAAAAGCAGAGGCACAGAGGACACUGACAGAUGGCAGGUAAGUGAGCAGCUUUCGUCUCCAAAAGAGAUGCUCAAACCCACGGUGACAAAUGCGGAGGCUAAGAGACAGUGCAGCGGCAGGUGCUUUUGGGAGAAAACAUGCCAGUACCCCUAGACUUAUUAACAGUUUGCUUCUGUAUUAUUUUAAAGAGUAAAACUCUUAUUGGAGACUAAGUUGAAUUAAAAGGCAGCGUCCCUUGCUUGUUCUCACCUCCAUUUCUGGCGGCCACCCUGGCUCCUGCCUUCCUGUGCUGAACAUCACCACCCUCAUCCCUAACUUCAGGUGGGAGCAGGCCACCUGCUACAGUCAUCCAGCUCAGUGUUGAAAGUCCCAAUCAAAUUGCAUGCUCUCUUCAUCGGAAGUGAAGAAAAACGAUGACUUUAGUAAGUUACGAACAAAACACAUCCUUCCAGUCAUUUCCAUAGCAAUUUAAUCCACGUAGCAAACUCUAAGAUUCUUUUACUCCUUUCUUGACUCUAACGAGUGGUGCAGAAACAAGGUCAUAAAAAGUCACAAAAGGUGGAUUUUUAGGUCUAUGGAGAUAGCUGACCAAGUGUUUGACUUGCAAAUCCUAAGAAUGAGUUCAAUUCCCAGAACCCAUGAAA